CACUUUCUGAUUUCCUCCUCAGCUUCGGGUCUCUCAUCCUCUCCAUCGACACCCACCCAGGUGGCCAAGCAACACACCUUUCCUCUCGAAUCCUACAAGCAUGAGCCUGAGCGACUGGAAAAUCGCAUCUAUGCCUCCUCUUCCCCUCCGGACACAGGCCAGAGGUAUUGCCCGUCCUCCUUCCAGAGCGCAGCCAGGCCUCCAUCGGCAUCGCCCACACACUAUGCUUCCCCCAGAACCGCGGCGCUGGCGGCGGCCCCGGGACCCGCGGAAGCCGGCAUGCUGGAGAAAUUCGAGUUGGAAGAAGAAGAGUAUUGAUAGAAUGAAGCUCCUGGAACAAAGAAUUUGCCAUGUGGAUGCUGUGCCCUGUGCCAACUUUACUUUAAUCCUUGCGUUCACUUACAGUCAGGCAAUCACUUAAAUAUGCAUACACAGCCGAUAUGAGAAUGUUAACCAGACGGUAUUAGGCCAGUACCUGCAUUUAUUUUGUUUUACAUUUCCUGCAGCACUUCACAAACAUGUUAGCUAGAAGAUAAUGCAUGUGAAGUAAUUAUCAUUAAAAGUCUGCAUCUGUAUUUAUUAUUA